AUGCAAAUUUGGAAAGACAUUAAGAAAGUACAAGCGUUACCUAAGAGUAUGCCACCGGCUGCAGUUUUCAAACCUGAUAAGGAAAACGUUGACAAUUCCAUUCAACCUCACAGGAAAUCCAUAGAAGAGCAAAUACAAGAUAAAAGUACUCACGUAUUUAAUGAAAAACAGAUGGAACCUGCUUCUACGAUUGACGAGGUGCAACAUUCGAAACCAACUGAAACAGUCCUCGCAUCACAGAAAGAUGCCACUGAACAACAAUCGGAAAUUACAACUGCGAAUGAACCUAAUCAGGAUUUGAGUCUCAGUAAAACACCACUCGACUCGGCACAGGAAAUCGUGGAACAACCGCCGGAAUCUGAGAAAAGUCCACCAGAUGUGACAGAACCGAAAGCUGUUGAAAGUACCAGCAUCACUACUGAAAAGAUUGAAUUACCUUCCACACAAACAGAAGUUGCCACUGGUGAUAGACACCAUGAAGAGGAUACCAUUGCAAAACCACAGGCCGAUGUCGC